UAUAUAUAUACUUUUUCCAUCCAUCAAUCAAUCAAAGUCUAUAGACGCAAGCCUAUUCAUUGUCUUCCAAUAAUAAUAAUAAUCCUCUAAUUUCAACAAGUUUCUGCCUCUCUUUGUUCUAUCAACUUUCGUGAAAACAAAAUGGCCAAAGGUGGAUUUAAGCAAGAACAUGAAUUCUCAAAGAGGCAUGCGGAGGCUUCAAGGAUUAGGGAGAAAUACCCUGACAGAAUUCCGGUAAUUGUGGAGAAGGCUGAGAAAAGCGACAUUCCUAAUAUCGAUAAGAAAAAGUACCUUGUCCCAGCUGAUCUUACUGUUGGACAAUUUGUCUAUGUGAUUCGUAAACGGAUUAAGCUGAGUGCAGAGAAAGCUAUUUUUAUUUUUGUGGAAAAUGUGCUUCCACCCACAGGAGCAGUAAUGUCUACAAUAUAUGACGAGAAGAAGGAUAAUGACGGAUUUCUAUAUGUUACCUACAGUGGCGAGAACACAUUUGGGUCGGUUCUGUAGUUUCUUGGAAGAUUUGUUGGUCAUUUCAUUAUACUAAAUAAAAUUUAUGAUUCAUAUAACUUGUAUAGUUGAUUGUCCUGUAAAUAUUUGCUUCUAAUCUGUCGAAUUUCAACCAAAUAAUCAUAACGCAGCAUCCUUCAUUAUUCGUUGAAAA